UAAGAUUGUUAGUCCAUCCGAGUCCACCAUACAGGCACAUUCUCGAUUCGUCAAAAUCACGUGACAAGGGAUAAGUCUGUGGCCGAGCGCACUGCUACAAGCAUCGGUAGAAGCGGGGAAAACCGUUAGUCCAUCCGAGGCCGUCGUACAGGCACAUUCUCGGAGAUUGCAAUCACCGAAUAAGCAGUCCACUUGCGAUCAACUUUCCGUUUUUCGAAAAAUCAACAACAGCCCAAAUGUUCAAAGGUGGCAUACACUAUGACCGCGUGCUGUGCCAGAGUCUCGAAGAGAUCUUCCGUGAGCGUCGUUACACCCCCAGUGAAAUUAAAGAGUUUGUCAGUGCACCAGAUAACGAUUAUCGUAAUUUCAUGAUCAAUCUGAUCCUGAAGCACGACAAAUACAUCAUCAAGUCCAUGCGCGUUUCGAGAAAAGAGCUGAGGAAUCUUCCCCUCCUAUGGAUCGCGGUCUUAGAUUCGACUUGCUACUUGUUGAUCGAGCUGCUCGUGCGCUCCGGUGCCGAUGUCAACCAGCUCUACGGAUUGGAUCAUAAAGCGCAUUACCAGAUAGAUCUUAACGAAAAAUCGACCAUCCUUCACGCGCUGGUUCAGAUGAAUCCAAAAGCGAAGAACGAGCGACUCGUUCGUCUGGUGUUGGACCACGGCGCCGACUUGGAAGCUCGGGACGACAAUGAUCUAACCGCACUGGAAUUCACAGUGAAGUACGACCGACCCCGGAUGUUCCGUAUCCUUCUCAAAAGAGGAGCCGACUUUUAUGCUCGGGACUCCGUGGGGCAAACCAUCCUUUACACAGCGGUGGAAAAAGACCGAGUCAAGAUGACUAAAAUGUUGAUAGAAAUAGGAGCCAAGUUACAAACUCGAAACAACAGGGGACAAAGCCCUCUACACUUAGCUGUGACGAAUGGCCGAUUACGGAUAACCAAGAUAUUGCUCGAAAAAGGAGCAGACGUUAAUGCCGCCGAUAACGAAGGCACGACACCGUUGCUCGAAGCAGCCAGAAGCAUCGACAAUAUCGACAAGCUGUUGAUGCUGCUAAUACAACAUGGAGCCGAUGCUUCCGCCAGGAAUCAUCGAGGGAGGAACAUCUUGCACUGUUUGACACAAGCUACCGAAUUAAGACACACCGCGGAUCUGGUGAAAAUUUUGAUCGAGAGGGGCGCCUCGCUUGAAGAUAAGGAUCACAUAUGUAGCUUCCAACCGCUACACAUGGCAGUCUUCCAGGAAAACUAUAAAUUAACGAGGGUCUUCUUGGACCACGGCGCAAAGGUAGAUGCGCUAGCGAUAGAUGGCCUGUAUCCGUUGUAUUUAGCGACUGCGUGUGCUAAAAGUAAAACGAUGAUGGAGAUCUUGCUCAAAUACGGAGCAAAUGUUAACCAAAUGACGACUUAUGGACAUCAAACUGCUCUGCACCUUGCCUGCCUGUUAUUCAAAAACGACGAGCGCAUAAUGAUUCUUCUGUCAGCCGGAGCGGAUGUGCUCGCCGAAGAUCGCUACGGUAGUACGCCCUUCGGUCGCAUCGAUCCGAGCCAUGUGACGAAGCCAGAAAGCUUUUUUAUAAUCAAAGAGCUGGCGCUGAUUAAAGCUACCCAACCCUCGAUCACGUUGAAGGACGAGAAGAAAAUCGAACGACAUCCGGAGACGCGGAAUCACUAUCGAGACUGCAAAGAACAGAUCGAAAGGAUGAAAGUCAGAAAGUUCAACAAUACCUGCACAUUUUUCGAACUCCUGACGAAAUGCCACUGCCAGAUCGCCAAGCUCAUGCGGAAUCCUGAGUUUGAGAUCAACUUCAACAGCUACGAUUUCAGCGAGAUUUCGCACUACACUGGCGACCUACGCGUGUCUUUCGAACGUGCAAAAAAGCAUUAUCACUAUGUCCUGGAACAGGAGAAUUUGAUCGACGAUGCAGUUUGUAAUAAUUUGCCUUACUUAGUUAUUAGGCUGAUCGUUCAUUACAUAUGUAAUUGCUGCAAAAAUGCGAAAUAAAUUCUAGUUUCGCAUUGAUUUUGUGGCAAAUGGUACUGCUUUAUCUAUUUAUCUAUCGAUUUUACGUAGCGCACUUUUACUGGAGUCUAAUUUUACUUCUUGGCUAUAUGAAAAGCGAAUGUCAUUAGCUGAUUUAGGCAGAUAGGCUUAAUAUUGAAACUGAACAACUAGGUCUGUGCACAUUUUUUAUCGCUUGAUUUAGUAUAUAUAAUUUUUGUAUGUACUAUCAUUAUAAUAUUUCUUUUUUUAAAUUUACAUGCAUUGAUAAAAAAAAACUGUAAAAUGCAAUACUAAUAAUAAAGGU